GACAUGCACCGCAGAUCCAACGGCAUAUGUGGGCCCAAACCAAACUUCCAAUCCAGGAGAGAAGACAGAAGAGAUCGCCCUUCAAAUCGAAACAACUCGCGAGAACCCUGAAACCGCCCCUCCCUUCUCGGCUUCUCCCCACUCAAGCACUCCUCUCCACCGGGCAAGCGCCGCCCCCCAGUCUUUCUCGGUUUCUUUUUUCUUCGUCGUGACAAUCCCCCCUCCUUUCUUGGCUUCUUUGUUGAUCCCCCGACGUUCUUGGCACGCCGGCGGCCGGGGCCGCCUCGCCGCUGAUGCAAUCUUCCGGCGGCGGGGCCAGCCGGGGGAAGGUUCGCGGUAAGAAGAGGCGCCUCGAGCGCGCGAUGGCCUCCGGAGCCGUCGAGGGGGAGGCAGCCGGUCGCGCCAGUAACGGCGGCGGCUGCGGCGACGGCGAAGGCCUCCCCCUGCUGGUGGAGGAGACCGUCGGGCGCCCGCUGCCGGGCUACGAGGCGCCGACGGGGCUCAGCUUCAGCCCCGAUGACCGCCGCAUCGCCUUCCUCUUCAGCCCCGACGGCACCCUGCACCGCAGCGUGUUCAUCUUCGACAUCGCGGAUGGGAGGCGGGAGCUGCUAUUCACGCCCCCCGACGGCGGCGGGCUCCAGGAGGGCAAUCUCUCCGCCGAGGAGCUGCUGAGGCGGGAGCGUGCCCGCGAGCAUGGCCUCGGGGUCACGUACUACGAGUGGAGCUUCGGCUCGGACAGUAGCCCCGACGGUAUCGUCGUGCCCCUCCCGUCCGGGGUUUACUUCCAGGAUUUCCGUGGUUCAGAGCCAGAACUCAAGCUACAAAGUGCACCUACUUCCCCAAUCAUUGAUCCACAUCUUUCUCCAUGUGGUAGCAUGAUUGCUUUUGUAAGGGAUGAUGAGCUUUAUACGUUGGAUUUUUUUGAUGGUGUAAUUAGGCAACUGACAUUUGGUGCUAGAGAAAGUGGAAAGACUCAUGGACAUGCGGAGUACAUUGCACAGGAGGAGAUGGAAAGGAAGAUGGGGUUUUGGUGGUCUCCAGAUAGUGAGAACCUUGCUUUUACUGAAGUAGAUUCAUCUGAACUCCCACUGUAUAGAAUUAUGCAUCAGGGCAAAGAUUAUGUUGAUCCAACUGCUCAAGAGGACCAUCCAUACCCCUUUGCUGGAAAAGCUAAUGCUAAAGUGCGCCUUGGAGUUGUUCCUUCACAUGGAGGAGAAAUAACUUGGAUGGAUGUCCUUUGUGGUGAGCAAAAUAAGUCCAAUGGUAGUGAGGAGGAAUACCUUGCUAGAGUCAAUUGGAUGCAUAACAAAGCUCUUGCGGUUCAGGUUCUUAACAGAACCCAUACCAAACUUAAGCUGCUUAAGUUUAAUAUUGCUACUGGGAAAAGGGAACUAUUACUGGAAGAAAAGCAUAAUGUAUGGGUUACAGUACAUGAUUGUUUCACUCCUCUAUAUAAAGGAGGAAAUGAUAAAUAUCCAGAUUGUUUCAUUUGGGCCAGCGAGAAGACAGGAUUUAAACAUUUUUACCUUUGUGGUAACGAUGGAACUUGCCUUGGACCUCUCACACAAGGUGAUUGGAUGGUUGAGCAGGUGGUUGCUGUCAACGAGGGCACUGAACUGGUAUAUUUUACUGGUACAUUGGAUGGACCAUUGGAAUCACAUUUAUAUGUGACAAACCUUUAUCCUGACCAAAGUCUACCGUUACAAACACCCCAGAGAUUGACUCAUGGAACGGGAUGGCAUUCAGUUAUUCUUGACCAUCAGUUGCUAAGGUUCAUUGAUGUGCAUGAGUCAUCAAAGUCUCCUCCUGUGAUAUCACUUUGCUCAUUGUUUGAUGGAAGUGUAAUGAUUCCUAUAUAUCAGCCAGUGACAGACCCAAAACUUAUGAAGCUUCAGCAAUUGUCUCCAGAGAUGGUCCAGAUUGGCACAAAGGAUGGGACCACCUUAUAUGCAAAUAUGUACCUCCCUGAUGAGAAACAAUUUGGGCCACCCCCUUACAGAACACUAAUUAGUGUAUAUGGUGGUCCUAGUGUACAACUAGUAUAUGACUCAUGGAGUAACACAGUGGACAUGAGAGCUCAGUACCUGAGAAAUAAGGGUAUAUUAGUUUGGAAGCUGGAUAACCGAGGUACGGCAAGGCGCGGAUUGCAAUUUGAGGGACAGCUGAAGUAUAACAUCGGUCGUGUGGAUGCUGAAGAUCAACGGACAGGUGCAGAGUGGCUAAUAAAACAAGGCCUGUCCAUAAGGGGACGUAUAGGUCUGUACGGCUGGAGCUACGGUGGAUAUCUGUCAGCAAUGUGCCUUGCAAGGUUCCCUGACAUAUUCUGCUGUGCAGUAGCUGGUGCUCCAGUUACAGCCUGGGAUGGGUAUGAUACGUUCUACACUGAGAAGUACAUGGGCCUGCCAUCAGAGAAUAAGGACGUGUAUGAAUUUGCAUCGAUCAUGCAUCAUGUGAACAAUCUCAAGGGGAAGCUGCUCCUCGUUCACGGCAUGGUCGAUGAGAACGUACAUUUUAGGCAUACCGCAAGGCUCAUCAACUCGCUUAUUGCAGCGAGAAAGCCCUAUGACAUUCUCAUCUUCCCAGAUGCACGGCAUCUGCUGCGUGGGAAAUGCAACCGCCUUUACAUGGAGGAGAAUAUUAGGGAAUUUUUAGAUAGGAACCUGUGAGAUCUGCAGAAAAUUUUGUUGCCCCCUUUGGGCGGUUGAGAACUAGUUCAUCUGUAUACCUCCAUAGAAGGUAAAGAAGCAUAGAAUUUUUUUUACUGUGCAGAGAAAUGUCUGCAGCAUUGCACGAUUAAAGGUGCAAUCCAGGUUUUCUUCGUUUGACUUUUUAUGGUGCAGUUGUACAAAAAUUUGCAGCACACUGCACUGUACCAUAUUAGAAAGUUACAUCAUAGCUUAUUCCUUUGUAAAA